CUCUUGAAGCAGACUGAAAUGCAGUUGUCAGCAAAUACUGAACAAGUGGCUUUUCUCACGAAGCGGAAUGAAACUUUGGGUAGGAAAUGUGAAGAACUUGUGGAGAAGAAUAAACUCUUGCGGGAAGAACGAGAUGACGCAGUCCAACUUGUGUCUUCUAUGAAACGGGAGGUGGAAAACAUGCAGGCAAACAUUGAUCUCAGACUAGUGGAGUACAAGAGAAUGGAAGGCGAUCUUGCCACAGCUCGUGAAAGGGAGCGUAUGUGGAAAGUAGAGAAAUUAGAGCUGGAAAGGAAGCUGGCAACCAAGGACUCUCUUUUGAUUACCGAAAAGAAGAAAGCGGAAGAACAGAAGAGGCGCGAUAAAUCGCAACUGGAGGCUUUGGAGAAGAAGUUGAAAAGUGAACAGCCAGGAUGGGAGGCUCAGCUGGGAGUGGUAGGGAGAACUUUUUAA